AUGGUGCAGCCAACGGGAUCCUUGUGGGAACAGUUGGAUGACUGGGUUUUGCCAAAUUUUGUGACUGCUGUACGAGUUCGUGUACCACAAGGCCGCGGAAGGGAACCGAAGGGAACCGAAGGGAAGCCCUGGAUGCUUCAGAUGUAUGGCAGCUUCCACAGCUCUCACUCAAAUACGGCGAAUGGUUUUCUUUGA